AUGACAGCAUCGAAUUCACCUGCUCGUGAUGUCAAGUUCAUAACAGAAACACCCGAUAUAUCAGCAUCUUCUAGUGAUAUGCCACAGGAACAGCUUCACUUAUCCAAAAAGCCGCGUAAUUACAAAUACUGGUCAGACGAGGAAGUCAAAAAGAUAUUAGACUGGUUAACGUUACCUGAAAAUGAAGGCAAACUAACGCGCAAUAAAGCACAAGCAUGCCGUGAAGUUGCAAAGAAGCUUUUUGAUGGUGAUGAAUAUAUGGCAAUUUCUGUCAGGUCAAAGUUGAUGUCGUUGGAGAAAAACUAUAAAGAAGGGGAACAACUAAGACUACAGCUGAACAGUUGUACAAAAGAUGAAGCAAUUAUUCAUGAAAAAAUCAAAGAAGGUAGUAAAUUUCACAAAGAAUGCAGAUUACUGUUUGGAGGGCAAAAGACAAUCGAAGCGUUUGCACCUAACACUGGUUCACCAACAACACCAAUCACAUCCGUUCCCCCAUCAUCCUCUUCAUCCACCAACCCUUAUUCACCGAUUCAAAGUAGUAUCAACAUUCAUACCAACAAUGAUAAUCAAAAAUAUAUCCCAAGUAACCUUGUCAUUACAAGUCCAGAGUAUGAUACUCAUGCACCCUAUGAUGAACCAACAAACUCGACCAAGUCCAACUCCUUUUCAAAUACUAUGUUACCACGCUUGCACGAUGACCGACUAAGAUCUUUAACAAACUCCUCAACUAUUACUCGAACGUUCUGGACGCUACCUCCAGUGAAAUCAGUGGAUUUGCCAUCCGUAGACCUGUUACAACCCCAUACUAAAAGCACUCACAAGAGCAAUAACAACAAUAUGCAUAUUAAUACAGCUUAUUCAGGGCAACAGCAACAACCUAAAAAAAAGAGACGGAAGCCAGUCUCAGAAGAUAGCCCAUCGAAUACGAACACAUUGGUUGCAAAGUAUGCUGCGAAACAAGCAUCUUAUGCAGCGAAACAAGCAUCCUAUGCAGCAAAACAAGCAGAAUUUGAAGCCUUGAAGUCUGAACAUGAGCUCAGUAAAAUGCAAUAUGCGGUUCGUUUGGCAGAAAUUGAGCUUGAUCGUGAUGUCUUAUUGGUUAAAAAGUUAGAGCUAGAAUUACAGCUUACCAGGAAUAAAGAGCGUUCAUAG